CUAACGUCUUUAACCAAUCUCGUCAAUCGAAUCUGGAUACCUAUCAACUGUUCAAAGACUGUAUCUCACACAACGAUUCCAUCUUGUUUGAGCUUGAAUUAGCCAACACAAUUUCAUCUUUUGACAACUCAAGAGUCUCGAGUAUAGAAGCUUUGACAUACUCUGUCUUUGGUAUUGUCUCCUGGGUAUAAAGUCUAGUAGCGCAGGCACAAUGCCUUGCUUUGACGAUAACGGCCCUAUCUGCGCCCCACUUGAUGGAGAGCAUUCCUCGGGUUCAGGCGGUGUCGUAGAUGUCACUGACGAAGCUUUUGCUAUGAAGUUGAAUAAUCUUCCCGCAAGCAUGGCGUACUGCUCCAUCGGUGAAUUCUACGCCGGCAAGACGUUGAUGAUCACCGGCGCCACCGGCUUCAUCGGCAAGGUGAUGCUGGAGAAGCUCAUGAGAUGCUGCCCAGACAUCAAGAAAGUCUUCCUCCUCAUCAGGCCCAAGUCAGGCCAGAGGGCGGCUGCUCGAAUCCAGGAGAUCACUGCUGGCUUGUUAUUCGACAAAGUGAGGGAAGCCCAGCCCAACUUCCAGUCCAAACUGAUCGCCAUCGAUUGCGACCUGACAGAACCGGACCUUGCCUUGAAGGAAGAAGAUAUCAAGACGCUACAAGAGGAAACAGAGCUCGCGUUCCACGUCGCCGCCACCGUCAGAUUCGAUGAGAAAUUAUCGCUCUCCCUACACCUGAACGUAUACGCCACCAAAAAGAUCCUCCAACUGGCUCAAGGGAUGAAGAAAUUACUGGUAUUUCAACACGUCUCAACUGCCUAUGCCAAUUGCGACAGAUCGAGGAUAGAAGAAGUCGUCUACCCUCCUCCCGUCGACCCAUACAAGAUGUUGGAUGCCGUAGAAUGGAUGUCAGAAGACAUGAUCCAGACAUUGACCCCCAAGCUCCUGGGGAAGAGACCAAACACAUACACCUUCACUAAGGCUCUUGCAGAGUACGUCGUUAUGGAGGAAGGCAAGGGCAUGCCAAUCUGCAUCACAAGGCCGUCCAUCGUCGGGGCAUCGUGGAAGGAACCUUUCCCCGGAUGGAUCGAUAACUUUAAUGGCCCAAGUGGAGUCUUUAUCGCUGUCGGCAAAGGCUUGCUGAGGACGAUGAUCGGUGACGCGGACGCUGUCGUCGACAUCUCUCCCGUUGAUUUUGUAGUCAAUGCAAUGAUCGGUGCAACGUGGCAUACAGGUGUCCAUAAACCUGCCAACAUCCCAAUCUACAACUUGGUCACCAGUCCUGUCAACCCAAACAGAUGGGGAGACGUAGAAAUCAUCCCAGACCUCUACAACAAUUCCCUCGAGAAGGUGUUCAGACGGCCCAGAGCAGCACUCACUAAAUACCCACUAGCCUUUGAAUAUGUCAACCUGGUGAGUGCUAAGAUCCCAGCAUACAUCAUGGAUUGCGUCCUAAGGUUACAAGGAAAGAAACCUCAGAUGAUGAAGGUAAACAGCAAGAUCACCAAGAUGGUGCACACUCUGAAGUACUUCACCAACAACACAUGGGAGUGGACCAAUCAGAACACGAUAGCCCUCUCGGCCGCUAUGAGCGAGGAGGAUAGGAAGGUGUACUUCACGGACGUGAGACCACUCCAUUGGCCGACCUACCUAGAAGCCUACUGCCUUGGCACCAAGAAAUACGUUCUUAAAGAAGACAUGAAUGACAUCCCGGCAGCACGCAGCCAUCUCAAAAUGUUGCGUAACAUCCGAUGGACGUUCAACACCGUUCUCCUAGUCGUCUUCUGGCGUGUUCUCAUCGCCCGCUCUCAGCUCGCCCGCAACCUCUGGGCAUUUGUCAUCAACAUCUUCUUCAGAUUCCUGCGCUACUGCCGCGUGACGAGCACCAUCGCUCGCACCCAUUGAGCGCGAGCGACCCAACGAGGGCGCCACAACCGUGGUGCCAGUCUUUUGAUGAUUGGACGAUCCCGCCAUUUGUAUAGCAUGAACUGAAGCGGUGUUCGUCUUCUUUAUUUCUGACGUGCAAUGCUCCGUCGAGGGUCGAUGGUACCUCGCUAGAUGUUGUAUACUUCUAUAUUUCCUGCACUGACUCUAGACUCUAGACGGCCAGUAAAGUGGCCACUGUAGACGUGUGGUCUUUCUGAAGCAGUCCUAAUACAUGUACUAAUUCGAUGAGGUAGACCGAUGGAGUGGUCGUUGUAGGUGGCCUUUCUGAAUAGGCUCUAUCAAGCAUGUUACUUUCUCUAGAAAGAUAAUAUUGGUGUUGGCUAUUAGUAGACAUACGAACACUGUAGAAGGGUGGCCUGUACAGAGCAUUUAACACAAAGACAGGUUUGACUAACACGUUUUUUUUCCCUUCUUUUUGUUGAGUAAAGCUCCUCCAUUUAAGAUGAGGAGUGUUUGUGAGCAGGACCUAGACUGUUUCCAGACAAGUUUGUCAGGUUUAGCGUAGGGAUCAAGCGCAAAGAACAUACGUGCAGCAUAUCUUGCACUCUGAAGGGUUAUCAUCUACAUUACUAUAUUCUUCAGUCCCGACGUACCGACACUUCUCUAUUUAUGUCUUCAAGUAAUGACAUGUAAAUUAUUCACUCGUGGGAGAGAAAAAAGUACAGUAAACUUACAAUGAUUCUCUCUAUAGAUGCUCAUGAAAAUCACCAUGAUUUGAAAACUCAGGCACAAGAGCAUGAGUCAUGACUUGGAUAAUUUAUGUGCAUGCAAAUUUCAAAGUUGAUGAUUAUGUAAGCAUUUUUCACUGGUGUUAAAAUCUGUGGUCUGUGAAGUAUAUUUAAGAUGCUAGACAGACAAUCUUAGCUAUGGUAUUUAUUUUUGUUUGAUUUGAAUGCGCGGUCGCAUACACUGGGCAGAAUCAUCAUUAGAGUAACUUCAAUACCUUUUUUCCAAGAUGUCAUUUUGAUUGGUCAAUUUUCUCCUUUCUUCUGGGAUUCCAGUUUUGAGGUUAUUAAUCGGUUUUAGGUCCCGACAAUUAUUUGAGGGCUUCAAGUUUUGCAGCGUGUAUGGAGUUAGAGCACGUUUCUGGAUCUCUUUCCAGGCUCAUAGGGCAAAAUCAUAGCUAUCUUAGAGACAUAGUUGCAUCACCAGAGUUUGUCUCUGAUUGGUCAGUCAUUAAAAUGGAUCCUCUGCAGUUCCCUUAGAGAUUGUACAAAGGAGGGAACAGGGAACUGUUAGGAGCUCCAUGACUUAACCUAUGAACGUGUACACUUCCAUGUGUUGCAGCUAUGUCUCUCAAUGUGCUAUGGGUAUCCCUUUCUCUCUAGUACUGUACAAUUGACAUUUUUCUUCUAUAUGUGUUGGAGAUUGUGUGUGAAAAACUUGCUAGGAGUUCAGCUUUGUUUUUGAUAAAUUUCAUCAAAAGUGCAUUUGUGAUUCUAUGAAACUCAUUUAGUGGAGAAUUAUUGUAGAAUGAUAUAUUGCAUUGUAUCAAUUUUGUUAUUAUUUUAUCAUAUGAUAGUGGAUACUCUUAAUCUUGGGGUUACUUAUUGAUAAAAUGUAAUUUUGUGCUUUCUGUAGAAAGUUAUAUCCAUUUUGAAUUAUGAAUGUAAUUUGUCUCGUAGUGUUCCAGUCAUGAAGAAGAUUUGAAAGGUCAGGUCAGGUCGGCAGCUCCCGACCAACCAGUUGAAGGUUUAGCAAUCUGUUUUGUACAAAAUAUAUUUAUGCACUAAAUAUUUACCGGUACCUCCACUUUGAUAACACAACUGAAAUGUUUAUCCUCAUCGUUUUAUCUUGAAAUUGGCUGGACUUGAAUUUAGUGCUAGUUGAUCCCACCUUCAAACUGUGUAUGAAGCUAUGGAAUGGAAGUCUGUUGCAUAAUAUGUUAAGAGGAAGAUAUUUCUUUCAAAAAGACAGAUGCUCCUGUGUUAGAUGUGGGAAGGAGGAAUUUUUUUCAGGGACGAAUUGCCCCAAAUUAUCUGUUCUUUAUUUUUUGGGUGCCAUGAAGGGUCUUGUCUUUUUUAUGAUCGGUUCCCUAAUUUCAUAAUUCAUUGUAUAGAGAGUAGUCUAACUUAUGAGGUAAGCCAACCGAAUCAUGUACUUCAAAAUGAUUUGAGAAAAUGGCCACAAUGGGUUUUGGUGUGAAAAAUGGUUAAAAAUUCAUUAUUCUAUUAACAUUUAUUGUAUUUCUCUUUUUAUCUGUUAAAAACCAACAUGUAAAGUUGUAAAAUAAUAUAUUGCGUUUGCAAAUGAUGUAUAUAACUGGCUUUGUACGGCAGCAUAUAACUUGGGUUUUCUCACGGUUUUCGUUGUAAUAUACAUGAAGCGAUUCGCUUGUAAAUAUUUGUACACAUCUAUGUAUUUGAUAAGGGCAUAGUGUACGAAAGGCCUGUAUCUACGCUUUCUUUUUUUAAAAUUUAUGAUAUAUCUUCAAAAUGAGUUUGUUGGCAAUCAAAUAUAUUCCUUCAAUUCAAUUGAUAGGGUUGUACAAACUCUUGACAUUUUGUGAAGCAUAUUGUCUUUUCUUUUCUACCAAUAAUUCGUUUAUUAACAAUUUGACAGAAAAAGGGUACUUUCAUGGUUUGAAUUUUUUGUGUCAUAGUCAAAUUCUGUAUGAAAUAUCUUUUCAUGAGCAUCCUUCGCACUGUACCUUUAUUUUUAUUUCAAAAUGGAGGAAAAAUACCUCUAGUCCACACAAUAUAUUAUACUUUUGAACAUGUACGUUUGAAAGUCUUACAUUGAAAUUGUUUCAGAAUGGUCAAGUAUCAUCUUGCAGUGUUCUUAGGAAAUUAGUUUUGUUUAAUUACUUGUAAAAACGUGAACACGUUAGUAACAUUCCACUGUAAAAGCAUUAUACCUGAUCCCUCCUUUUAACUUGUUUCAUUUCAAAAAGAUUUGCUCUUGAAGAGUAAGAAUUGACGAAAUGUAUUUAGAUAUAUAUAUAUGAUUAUUAUAGGGUUAUACUAAAUAUUUUAUACAAAUUAAAUUUUCCUGAGUAAUUGUUGAGCCAAUGAUAUACAUGUAAUCUAAAAGUAGUAAAAUUUAUUAUGUCUAGUAAAACAACCUCACAGAAAAACAUUGCCAAAUAUUAUGGUGGUUCUAAUGAAUGUGAUUCAUAAAUUUUCUUAUGAUUUUGGUGUUAAAAUGUGAAAGGUUUGCCCAAGCUCUUAAACAUAUACUAGAAUCAUGUUAUUGUCAAGAUGUACGUAAUUUGUAAAGGUUUCUGAUUUGAAAUGCAAAAUAUUAUAAUUUGCCUUAGUUUUUGCCAAUGGUAAAACAAAACCGAGGAUGGGAAAUACAUUUGUAAGUUACUAUUUAAACAAUAAAGUGCAACUAAAAGUGA